UUUUUUGUACACACAAACGAACACACACGCGCAUUUGUCUUUGGCGUGCAAAACGCAGACAUGUAUGCAUUUAUUGUUGUAAUUCUUUGUUGUAAGUGCUAAAUAUUAUCACAUUUAUUGUCAUAAUUUGUUCGUUUCUUCAAAUAUAAUUACUGCGUUAAUUUUUUAAAUUUAAUUUAAAUCAAAAUUAAUACAACAAUCAAUGUUGGCAACUUGUUUCUCAAUCUCCUCGUGCGUACCCGAGUACUAUCCGGUUACGCCGUUACUCGCUUUUCCAAGUUUUAUUAUGUUUUUUUUUUUCAAUAUUUGAUUUUUCAUAAAUCAGUGCAAUAAACUUCAGUUUUCUCACUUGUUUUUAACCAAAUUUCUAGAAACAUAUACUAAUAAAUUUUCAAAAUAUUAUAAAAAAUUGUCAGAUAAUCAUAAACAUUUGCAAAAAAUCAUUGUAAAUUUUCGUCAAAUCAUAAACGCUUUCAAAAACCAUAAACAUAUUCGCAAAAUUAUAAAACAUUUUCAAAAAAUCAUAAUACAUUUUUGGAAAUAUAAAAAUUUUCACCCAAAAACAUAACAAAAGCAAAAUUUUAAAUAUAAUCAAAAACCGAAAACCAAAAAAUCGCAAUUGAAGUAAUUUCAACAAAUACCAACCCUCAAUGCAAGUCUAAGAAUAGCCGAAAUCUUCAGUUAAUCAUAAUUUUUCAACAAGCAAUGCAUAAAUUUUGGAUACAAAUUCUAUACAAGUCAAGAAAUAUUUUCAAUCGCCAAUUAUCGUGCAUGCAAGGUGGCAAAGUAUGUCCUUGCCGCGAUUCCAAACCAAACGCCGAAAACUACAACGAAACUGCCAAACCUUUACGCUGGGGCAUGGCGCCGGUGAGUUUAAUAGCCGAUGAUUUUGUUACCGCACUGAAAGUGCUGCCAUACCAGCAUCAUGUGGUCACCGCUUGCACAUCCACCUAUCAAUCAGUGGCGCAAGCAUUCGCCGCCAAACACAACAUACCGCACGUUUACAAUAGUUUUCAAGAAUUGGCGCGCAGCCCAAAUGUUGAUGUGGUCUAUAUCUCGUCCUUAAAUCCCUUCCAUCUGGAGAUCUGUCGCAUGAUGCUGGAUCACGGCAAGCACGUGCUCUGCGAGAAGCCACUUUGUAUGAAUGAGGAUCAGACACUACAGCUAAUUGGACACUCGCAUAGCAAAGGUUGCUUUCUCAUGGAGGGCAUUUGGUCACGUUGUGUGCCCGCCUAUCAAUAUAUACGCAAACAGAUUGAGGCGGACGCAUUGGGUGAUGUGCUUAAUGUGAAGUGUACACUUGGCUUGCCCAUGCAAAAGGUGGGACGUGUAAUGCGUCGCAGUCUUGGCGGUGGCGUGACACUGGAAUUGGGCGUCUAUGCGCUGCAAUUCGCAUUGUGGGUCUUUGGUUAUGCGCCGUCCAACGUCACCGCCAAUGGCAAACUAAAUGGGGAUGGUGUCGAUGAAGAGGCAAAUAUAUGCAUGAAAUUUGGUCCGGGACGUGUAGCAGAGAUUUUGUUGAGUAGUACGAAACGUUUUGACAAUAAGGCGGUAAUACAAGGCACGAAAGGCUGUAUAACUGUGCCCGACUAUUGGUGUCCGGUGAAGAUUUUGGACGUUAACGGCACGGAAAAAACAUUUCCAUUGCCCAAAAGUGAUUUGUCUACGUAUUUUCCUAAUCGCUUGGCGCUAAGUUUUGAAGCAGAAGAGGUGCGUCGCUGCAUAUCGGAGCACAAGUCGCAAAGUGAUUUGUUCUCGCACAAAGAAAGUUUGGAAUUAUCAUAUAUUGAGGAUCAAAUUCGUCGACAAUUGGGCGUCGUGUAUACAGAGGAUGAAAUGGCGAAUUUAUUUAAAAAGUGAAAAACAAAUUUAAAAUUAACAGAAAAUCUAUUAAAACAAAUUUAAUUAUGU